AUGGAAGCCUUUGUCAUGAUGAUCGGCGGGCCCAUCACGUACGCCAACGACAUCUCGUUCCCGACGACCAACUCGGUCUAUGCGCUGGGAAUGAACCAGGCCUUGUAUCCCGCGCAGACAGGCCUGAACCAGACGACCCUGACGCUCCGGCAGGCCAGGCAGAAUGAGAUGCUGUUUCAGAACAUUACGCUGAGCAAGCGGUACAGCGUCAUCUCUGGAUAUGUGGCUGCAGACCAGACCACCGCAAGGGCCCUGCGCCAAAGAUUCGAAUCACAAUUCGUCUAUAACUCGCAUACACUGCUCGUCGCGUAUGGACUGAGCGCCUUCUUCGCGCUGAUCUGUGUUUUGCUCGGUGUGCAGGCCCUGCUCCACAACGGCGCUUCGUACACGAAUUCGUUCUCGACGAUCGUCAGAGUUACGAGGGAUCCGGCGCUUUCGAGGUUGAUCGCAGACGAAGGCGAUCUUCAGGGUGCCGAGCCCGCACCGGAACAUGUUCGGAGGACGGAGGUGUGGUUGGGGAGAGGCGCGAAGUCAGCCCCGCCGAGCUACUCUUCCAGCUGGAUUUGA